GGUGCUGUAGGUUAGACAAACGCUUUUGACGACGUACAAAGUGUUGGAAGGAAGUGCAUUCCAUUAAAGUUAACAGGUGGUAACGCGGACGUCUUUUAUGUUAAAACAUGCCAUGACAAUCCUCCGUUUGUGUUACGGCUGAAUACGUCCUAAAUGUAGGUUACGUUGUUCCUGGUGAGUGAAUGUUUCAAAAAUAUUUGUGCGCUUGCUGUGUAGCAUACGUCAGCAGUACAAAGGUCAGGUGUCAGCGCCGCCUGCAAUAAAUAAUUGGAGUCAGUACUUUUUCAGUUACUCAUUUAUACUUAUAUCAAAAGGAACUAAAACUCAAAUUACUUACUUGCAUUUGAUGUGGUUAUUAUUAUUUUUUUUUAAAUGUACACAUCAACCUUAAAGUUCUGUGCAGGAAGAUGUUCCCUGUAGACUUUCCACUUGUGGAGGAAACUGACUUGAGGUCAGCGUCUGAACAAUAUCUUUUGUCGCUGGAAUCCAGACCUAAAGAUAAUGAGUGGUUUCAAUCACCCAAAACGUCUAAGUUGGAAAUAACUGCAAAUAGCAUCAAAUGGUUGCAGCUGUUUGAGGACGACCAAACUAAAUGCUCGAUAUUGGCACUUCACCCACCUGGUGAUCCCAGUCAAGGUAUGAUCACACACGCAUACAAACAUUCAGACACACAAAAAUGCCUUCUAACACUCCAUUCCCCUCCAGUGGUGGCCUUAUACUUGCAUGGAAGUUGGUGGUGUGUGAAUGAUGUUAUCCGGACAUCAUGCGAAUCAAGAACUGACUUGCUUCCAGUGCAGUCACUUAUGGAGAGGCUCAUUAUGUUCCUGCUGAAUCAGGUUGUGGAGAUGCCUUCACAGGAGGAAACACUCUUCUCCAUGCACACCCGCACAGAGAGCGCCAAAUUGCUGUGGAGAGAUGGCCAAGCAGUAGGCUUCUACACUGUCAAACACAAAGGCAGUCUGUGUGACAGCUGGAGCGGCCGCUGCUACCAGAUGCCUGUUCUAGACACGGUGCUGGUGAGAAGAAGCUGGAGGAGGAGAGGACUGGGACUUAAGAUGCUGGCUGAUUUCUGCUCGUCCUUCCCCAGCGAGGAGGUGCUGGGAAUCAGCGUGCCGCUUUCAGCCAGCAUGGUUGCAGAGGAGAGGCGGACGUGACUGAGGACAGCAUGCGGACGUCAAAGCGGGAAGGGUGCGCGUGAAAGAGGACGCUAAAGGCAGGCCCCCAGUAGGUAUAUAGUAUGUGCAUUGUGCAAAACAUCGGUUUGGCUAAGGACCCUGAAAAUGGCACCUACGAAGAGACACGCUUACGAAGCACAGUUUAAACUGCAAGCUAUCAGUUAAGGGGAGGAACAUGGGAAUCGAGCAGCCGCGAGAGAAUUCAAGAACAACGACUCCAUGGUUCACAAGUGGAUGCCUGGGCCAAGGUAUCUGCUUUGACUGUUGUCCGAGCCAACAUGCAUGCUAGCAUAUGUUUUAGUGUGCGUGCAUGCUACCGUAUGUUUGAAGCUAGCGUAUGUUUUAGCAUGCCUGCGGCCAAUAAUACGGUGCACCUUAUGUAUGUGUUAAAUAGAGAAAUAGACCCCGCAACUGAGACUGCGCCUUUUCAUACGGUGCGCCUUAUGGUCGCAAAAAUACGGUAUGUGAAGGAGACUUCCACUGGCUCACGGGUCACCAGCUUGGCGACACCGUUGCAAGUUGGGUCAAUGUCCUGGUAAAUUUUAGAGAGCCCGACCUUCGUGAAGUGGGCGCGAUGAUUAAUUUUACACUGGAUUACUCUGUGUUGCGCAAACGGAAGAUUUACUAACCCUGCCAAGGGCCUCUCCCCAAAGUUCCUUGGAGAUCUCCUCACCCAGGUCCAUUUCCCAGAGUACUUUAAUCAAAUUCAGAGAAACAAGGUGAAGAGAAUGAAUCCAAGUAUAAAAGUAUGGCAUCAUUCCCGUAAGGGAAGGUGUUGAUUUAUAGAACGCAUCCAAAUGAGAGUCAGCGGGUGUAUUAGGAAAUUGAGGGAACCUAGCAUUAGCAAAACUACGGAUCUGUAAGUACCUGAAACAAUUUUUUGGUAGACCACAUUUUUUAGACAACUGAUCAAAAGAUGUGAAGGUGUUAUCAAUGUAUAAAUCCUUAAAUUAUUUAAUGCCAUGGUUAGCCCAGUUUGCUGAUGAAGAUGGAGGGAAAUUAUGAUUCGCAGUUAAAGAAGCUAAGAUUUAAUAUGUUCACAGAUCAAAAUGACGUCUGAACUGAUUCCAGAUUCUCAAGGACAUUUUGACAAUGAUAUUGGCAUCAAAUGAGUUAAAUGUCGAGGGCCGCGGGAAUAGAGAGAGAACUUUUAGAUGUAAAGGAGCAAAUUGUUCACAUAAAGAGUUACUCUCUGUUCAAUCCCAUUUCUGAAAUACCUGUGAUUUGGGGGUCACAAUGAAGUGAAAUGGUGAGGGGCUCAAUAGCUAGGGCAAACAAAAGGGGACACAUGGGACAACCUUGGCAAGUAGAACGUUGAAGAGGAAAGUAAGCUGACUGGAUGUUAUUUGUUCUCACCGAGGCUAAUGCGGAUGAAUACAAUAGUUCUACCCAUGUCAUAAAGUUGUUGCCAAAACCAAAUUUCUCUAAAGUGUGAAAGUCAUUUCAUCACCACAUGCAGUUUUUUUUGCGUCUAAUGUAACGAAAGCUUCUGGCCCAGAGGUCAGGGGGUGAUGAUAAAUUGUAUUGAAAAGCUGUCUGAAGUUUAAAAAAAAAAAGAGUGCCUAUCUUUAAUAAAUCCAGUUUGGUCAGGAGAGAUAACAGUAGGCAAUACAGACUUCAAAAACGUAAGGCAAGCAGCUGAGACAAUAAAUUGAAAUCGACAUUAACAGACUGAUUGGUCGGUAGGAAGAGCAGGCAAGGGGGACUUUAUUCUUUUUAAGCAUAAGAGAAAUAGAAGCUUGAUUAAGUGUUGGGGUAAAGUAAGAGAAGCAAAUGAGUCAUUGAACAUAUCAAUCAAAGCCGGGGCUAGUUUUUGUUGAAAUUUUAUAUAAAACUCAGUCAGAUAACCGUCAAUUCCUGGGCUUCGGCCACUCUGCAUCAACGUGAUGGAAACCGAAAGUUCAGCAGUAGUUAUCGGCAUUUCUAAUUUUUCAGCUAUAUCGGAACUAACCUUAAGGACUUUGAAUGUACUGAAAAUAAUUCUUAAAGUCCUGUGUAUCAGAGCUUGUUUCAGAUGCGUAUAAUGAGGUAUAGUCGUUUUUAAAUUUAUCAUUAAUCUUUUCAGGAUCCAAUGUAAUUUCUACAGCCAUUUUGAUUUGGUGAGAAGCCCUGGGUUGCUUUAAUUGGUGGGCUAGCAGCCUGCCAGCCUUGUCAUGCUAUUCAUAAUAUCUACUUCUGGAUUUAAGAAGUAGUUCAACAGCAUUAUCUGUAGUCGGUGUGUUAAAUUCUGAUUGGAGAGUGAGGCGUUCUUUAUACAAGACUGGAUUUGGUGAUUUGGUGUACAUCCUGUCCAGCUGGCAAAUACAUUUUAGUAAUUCAUCUGAUCUUUUUCUUUUUUGUUUUCGGUCAGAACUUACUAAAGAAAUUGUUUGUCCUCUUAUAUAAACCUUCAGAGUUUCCCCCAAUACAAAUGCAAAGACACCAGGGGUCUUGUUCAUACUCAAAUUUAUGUAAAUCUGAUUAGAAAUCUGUUCUACAAAAUUUUAAUCUGGAAGCAAAUCAGUAUUGAAACGCCACAGGGUUUGAACACGAGUAGUAGGGAAUGAUCAGAAAUGACUAUAGGUUCAUAUGAGCAUGAGCCCACUGAAGGAAGAAACCUCUUAUCCACCAGAAAGUAAUCUACACGAAUGAACGUAUGAUGCAAAAAAAGGAGAAUACUUAAAACCCAGAGAUUUUCCGAAGUGGGCUUAAUUAAUCUAGCCGAUUUCGAGUGGGUGGUGGUCGCCAUUGAAGAAUGAUCCAGAUCAGGGCUAAACCAACAAUUGAAGUCACCUCCUAAAAUAAGAAGGUGUAAGGACAUGUCCGGGAAUUCAGAAAAAAAGAUGCCUGAAAAAAAUCUGGGUUAUCUUAAUGAAGAACAUAUACAGUACGUUUACCAGUAAAACUGCGGUGUUGAACAUCCUACCAGUGAUAAUUAGAUACCUACCCCCUGGAUCGGAAACCACCUUAGCGCAUACAAAGGGGACAGCUCUAUGUAUUAAAAUCACAAACCUGCUAGACUUACUAUGAAAUGAUGAAUAGUGAGCUUUGACCAAUCCACCCACCCUUAUUUCUGGAAUAAACCGUUGUUUUAAAGUUUCUUGAAGAUACAGUAUAUUACUUGGGCUCCCAAGCGUUGAAGAUGUAGGAUGCUGCUGUGCUUUGUAGGGAAUUUAAAUCUUUGCAGUUGCAGCUAAAAAAAAUUAAGCGCAUUCCCACAAAAGCAGUUUAAACAGUGGUCGUUCAAAGAAAACUUCUCUGAGCUUCUCUUUGAUACCUAUGAAAAUAAUGUUAAAUUAUCUUCUCCAAACAUGGACUAUGCUCUAUCUGACCACCAUUGUUUGCGCUUCUCCCAUGAAGAUUGUCUUGUCUGACUUCAUCAUCUUCUGAAUUAAACAAACAGGAGAUACGUCACCCAACCAAAAACAUACUCAACAGCCUAAUAUAGUUUAGUAGUUGCAUAUUCAAGACUUACUGUUAUGUUCUUGCAUAACUGUCUCACUUGACAGACCUAGUUAUAUACGAAUGUAUUGAAAUGUAUAUACUGUAUGAAUGUUUUAAUUUUCUAUCAAUCCACAAUAAAACUUCACACCUGAAAUUUAAAAAAAAAAUACAAAUUUAAAAAGGAGCUCUCCAACUCAGGCACCUACACAACCAGACUAUGUCGGAAAGCCAGUACAAUCAUUAAGGACCCCUCCCACCCUGGACACUCACUUUUCUCCCACCUUCCCUCUGGAAAACGUCACAGGACAUUAAAGUCAAGAACCACAAGACUCAAAAACAGCUUCUACCACCAAGCUGUGAAAUACAUCUGCUCUCAACUGCCACAGUAAGAACGUAUGAUUACACCCCACCCCCCUUACACUUAAGUGCAAUAUAAUGAACAAAAACUGUGCAAUAUUAUCUAAAAAUUUUUUAAAAAACAUCUGUAUUUAAAUAACUACCAUUCUCCCAAAUGUGAACAAUUAUUUGUUCUGUAAAUAUGUUUCUUUUUGAUAAUUGUAUGCCUAUAUUUGUUUUUAACCGCAACGCUGCAAAUUGUGAGAUGCCACCCUGAUUUUUCAUUGUGCCUGUGACAGUGACAAUAAAGUUAUAUUCUAUUCGAUGUAAUAAACCAUAAAAAUGGAUGUCUGAAUUUGAAAAUAGAACGGAUUUUUUUUUUAAAUUGCUGUUUUUAUUGUUUUGUGGUGUCUUCCUCUGUCUUAAGUGUGUCGGCACUUCCUGCAUCUGAAUGAAGAUCACAGAGACCGUCUGUAUGAAGUCGAGGCUCCAGGGGCAUGGACUCAACAGCGAAAU